GUAGUCCCAGCUUCUGUACCUGGGAAAGUGGGGCGGGGGUUGCCUCCUGAGGGCGAAGGGCAGGGGGCUGGGAUCCCUCCCUGGGCCAAGGAAGGGCUGCAGCCCCAUACAUCCACCGGGGUUCAGCCACAAGGAUUAAGGGGAGCCUGGGGUUCAUUGGCCGGCCCUUCUGCACAUGUCACCACCUCUCCACGUCAGGCUCUUCCAGAGGAGAGCUCCUUCCUCUCCUUCCCCUGCUUCAGCCUGGGAAAAUUCUCAGGAUCCGGACUGACAGCUCCAGGGGCGGAUGGAGAAAUGCCGCUUCCAUGUAGGCCUCCAAAGCAUUGGGGGGAGGGGGGUGGACCUCCUGGCCUCUGAGCAUCUCAAUCUUUCUGCUCCAGCACAGCUCCCACUGCCCUCCAAGAGAUUGCAACCCUCCCCAGCCACCCCCCCCCCAAUGAAGGGCCCUGGAUGGUUCCAGAAAGAGGCUUUCGGGAAAGUCGGUGGGGGCCCGUGGCCGCCUCUACCCAGCCGUGGUGGAGCCCAGGACGGCUGCUGGCAGCCCCUGCAGGAGUGCUGCAUCUUCCCUCCCCCCCUCCGCUGUCUGGAUUUUGGGUGGGGUCCGGCUGAAGUUUCCAGGAGCGGUGAAAGCACUCCUUGUUCCUUGCUGGGCCGGGCCUGAAGUGAGCUGCGGGCUGGUGGCCAGUCUCUCAAAGGCCUCUCUGAGUAGCAAGCAGGCUGUGCCCCAUGGGAGGGAGGGAGGGGCCGGGUGGGUCAGGCAGGGCAGCCCCCAGCCAGGACAGCCGCAUCUGGGAACAGUGUGUGCAGCUGCACCUCCAGCCCAGCCACACAGCCUUGAUCCGGCUUCCACAGAGAGCAGAGGUGGGUGGUCUCGGGGCCCUAAUGUGUGGGGGGUGGGAGGCAGUGGGGCGAGCAGGAGCUCCGAGUCCUCAGCGUCUCUUGGGAAAGGAAACUCCAGCCCCCUUUGCUCUGGGGCAGCUUGGGAAGGGCUCAGAGUCAGCCCAGCUUCCCGGCCUUUCCUCCGCUGGAUGAAAGGUUUGGAAAGAGAAUUUGAAAGAUGACCAGACAGGGACGGUCUCUCCUCCCCCCCGAAGCCCCUGCAGCUUAGGGUUUGUGACCCUUUUCUGACAGACAGAAAGUUCCAAAACUUCAGGAUUUCCAUGGCUGCUAACUGGGGAGUUCCGUGUGUGUGUGAGAGAGAGGGGGGAGGUGGAGGGGGGGUUUCUCUGGGUUUCCACCAUGGUCAAAGGAGGUCAUCCCCAGGCAAAGCCGACAGAGUGACCAGCAGCAGGGGAUGAGAGUUGUAAGGCCACGUGUGCCACGGGCACCUCCGCCCCCUGCCUGGCUUCUGACCUCCUUUCCUCCACCAGAGCCACGAUGGCCGACCCGGAGGACACCCCCGUGGCCAGCCCCGCUGAAGCCCCCGAGGCCCCGGCUGAGGAGUCCUCCCCGCAGGGCGAGGCCUUCCCGCUCUCCUCCCUGGCCAACCUCUUUGAGGGCGAGGAGGGCUCUGGGCCUGGCGAGGCCCCCCGCAGCCCCCCCGGCUCAGGGGACGGCAAGCAGAACCUGCGGAUGAAGUUCCACGGAGCCUUCCGGAAGGGGGUCCCCAACCCCAUGGAGCUGCUGGAGUCCACCAUCUACGAGUCCUCGGUGGUGCCGGGGCCCAAGAAAGCCCCCAUGGACUCCCUCUUCGACUACGGCACCUACCGCCACCUCCCCAGCGACAACAAGCGCCGGCGGAAGAGGGCCCUGGAGAAGAAGCGUCCCAGCGCCAAGGGGCCGGCCCCCAACCCCCCACCCAUCCUCAAGAUCUUCAACCGGCCCAUCCUCUUCGACAUCGUCUCCCGGGGGUCCCUGGACGGGCUGGACGGCCUCUUGCCUUUCCUGCUGGGCCACAAGAAGCGACUGACCGAUGAGGAGUUCAGAGAGCUCUCCACUGGGAAGACGUGUCUGCCCAAGGCCCUGCUCAACCUCAACGGGGGCCGGAAUGACACCAUCCCUCUCCUGCUGGACAUUGCUGAGAAAACGGGGAACAUGCGGGAAUUCAUCAACGCACCUUUCCGAGAUGUCUACUACCGAGGCCAGACCGCCCUGCACAUUGCAAUCGAGCGGCGGUGCAAGCACUACGUGGAGCUGCUGGUGGAGAAGGGGGCCGACGUGCAUGCCCAGGCGCGGGGCCGUUUCUUCCAGCCCAAAGACGAAGGCGGCUACUUCUACUUCGGGGAGCUGCCUCUCUCUCUGGCCGCCUGCACUAACCAGCCCCACAUUGUCCAGUACCUGACGGAGAAUGCCCACAAGCAGGCUGACCUCCGGCGGCAGGACUCGCGGGGCAACACGGUGCUCCACGCCCUGGUGGCCAUUGCGGACAACACCCGCGAGAACACCAAGUUCGUCACCAAGAUGUACGACCUGCUGCUCAUUAAAUGUGCCAAACUAUUCCCGGACACCAACCUGGAAGCCCUGCUGAACAACGACGGCCUCUCACCCCUCAUGAUGGCAGCCAAGACCGGGAAGAUAGGGAUGUUCCAGCACAUCAUCCGCCGGGAGGUGAAGGACGAGGAGGCGCGGCACCUCUCCCGCAAGUUCAGAGACUGGGCCUACGGGCCCGUCUACUCCUCCCUCUACGACUUGUCCUCCUUGGACACCUGCGGAGAGGAGGUAUCCGUGUUGGAGAUCUUGGUCUACAACAGCAAGAUUGAGAACCGCCAUGAGAUGCUGGCCGUGGAGCCCAUCAAUGAGCUGCUGCGAGACAAGUGGCGCAAAUUUGGGGCCGUCUCCUUCUACAUCAGCGUGGUCUCCUACCUGUGCGCCAUGGUGAUCUUCACCUUGGUGGCCUACUACCGCCCCCUGGAGGGCACACCCCCGUACCCCUACACGACCACCCCGGACUACCUCCGCCUGGCUGGGGAAAUCGUCACCCUCUUCACAGGAGUCCUCUUUUUCUUCACCAACGUCAAGGAUCUGUUCAUGAAGAAAUGCCCAGGCGUCAAUUCCUUCUUCAUUGAUGGCUCCUUUCAGCUACUCUACUUCAUCUACUCCGUCCUGGUCCUGGUGGCCGCUGCUCUCUACCUGGCUGGCAUCGAGGCCUACCUGGCGGUCAUGGUCUUCGCGCUGGUGCUGGGCUGGAUUAACGCCCUCUACUUCACCCGCGGCCUCAAGCUGACGGGCACCUACAGCAUCAUGAUCCAGAAGAUCCUGUUCAAGGACCUUUUCCGCUUCCUCCUGGUUUACGUCCUCUUCAUGAUCGGCUACGCCUCUGCCCUGGUCUCCCUGCUGAACCCCUGCCCCAGUGCCGAGUCCUGUCGCGGGGAGCGCUCCAACUGCACGGCGCCUGCCUACCCCUCCUGCCGGGACAGCAAGACCUUCAGCACCUUCCUGCUGGACCUCUUCAAGCUGACCAUCGGCAUGGGGGACCUGGAGAUGAUCGAGAACGCCAAGUACCCGGGGGUCUUUGUCAUCCUCCUGGUCACCUACAUCAUCCUCACUUUCGUCCUCCUGCUCAACAUGCUGAUCGCCCUCAUGGGGGAGACGGUGGGGCAGGUCUCCAAGGAGAGCAAGAAGAUCUGGAAGCUGCAGUGGGCCACCACCAUCCUGGACAUCGAGCGCUCCUUCCCCGUGUUCGUCCGGAGGGCCUUCCGCUCGGGAGAGAUGGUCACCGUGGGGAAGUCUCUGGAUGGGGCCCCCGACCGGAGGUGGUGCUUCAGAGUGGAUGAGGUGAACUGGUCUCACUGGAACCAGAACCUGGGUAUCAUCAACGAGGACCCCGGCAAGAACGACACCUACCAGUAUUACGGCUUCUCCCACACCGUGGGGCGCCUGCGCAGAGAUCGCUGGUCAACGGUGGUGCCUCGUGUGGUGGAGCUGAACAAGAAUUCCCAGCCAGACGAGGUGGUGGUGCCCCUGGACAGCCUGCGCCCAGCGGGAGCAAACGCGCACAAGCCCAGCUACCCUCACAGCUGGAGGAAGGAAGACGCUCAGAUCUAAGGGCCAAGCAACCUCUACACUCCGGGACAGCCUUUGUGGCCUCACGGGAGCCCCUCGAACGGGGAUCUUGAUGGAGCUGCCUUCUGCGUCCCAGCCAGCCUUCCAGGAACCUGAAUGGGAGAAGAAGGGUCGAGCCUCUUGCAUCUGGAACAAAACGUGGCUUUUAAAAAUACUCCUAAGGAGAUAAACUGGAAACCUGGUUUUAGGUUGCCGCAUUGCAUCCCAAGGGCAACACCGCCCAGAGAUUGAGGAUUGAGGCUCAGGAUCUGAGGAUUUUGUCCUUACCGGAGGCUCCAAACGCCGAAGGACGAUGCCACAAGGGCCACGAUUCCAAAGGCAUCAAGUGAUCCUCCAACGUGGCUCCUUUGAAGGUGCCACGGGCCGAGUUUUGCGUGAAUUUCCUGCUGGCUGAAAACACGCAGGGAGGCUCGGGGUGUGCUGCCUGGGGAUUGUGAGUCUCCUCUGAUAGUAGUACUGUGUUUUCCAGAGUGUAAGAGGCCCCAAGAUUUUGAAGAGGCAAAUUUUUUAAAAAGGUUUUUGCACUCUGCAGAACUCCCCAAAACGGACCCAUUUUUUGCCAAAAAAAUGUCAGUGCAGA